AUGUCGAAAUGUGGGGAAUGCAAUGAAUGCCUCCUUGAUGGGGCAGUUUGCUCAUCAUCCCGAACACCAUCGAGGGAUUCUAAUCAUCCGAAGCCGAUUGUUGCGUGUUUCAAUAGCAGGUAUGUUAAGGAGAACUUUGUGGCGGCAGUCAGAUCAUUUAACAGGGAGAGUUCCCUUUCCGCCAACCUAUUAGGACUUAGAGGCUCCGCCAAAAUAUUUGGAAAUGAUCACCUGACUUCUCGCAACAAGAUUCUUUUAAAUAAGACAAAGCAGUUAGCCAAGGAAAUGGACUGGCGGUAUGUUUGGAUCAAGCACUGUAAGAUUCAAGUGCGAAGAGGUGACUCAUCGCCAGUUCUCACAAUAAAGUCAGACAAGGAUCUUCAGAAAAUAACGAAAGGUGGAAUGUGA